AUGCGUGCAUCACUACCGCUCUUGAAGCGUUCCGUCUGGAAAGGACCCAACAUCGUCCCAUUCCCGAACCUGAGACCUGCGGGAUCUGGCAAGUCGCCUCCGGUCAUCAAGACUCAAGCUCGCGCCGCAUCGAUCCUCCCAAGUUUCGUGGGACUACGGUUCGCCGUGCAUAAUGGGAAAAUAUACCAAGAAGUGUACAUCACGGAGGAGAUGGUAGGGAGAAAAUUGGGCGAGUUCGUUGCGUGA